UUUCUGUCUGCCAAUAUGAACACUCUCUCUCUCUCUCUCACUCAUUUAUUAUACAUAUAUAUGCCAUUGGAUUAUCCAAUAUCCCAUAUCCAUCCAUCCAGUUGCGAAUCAAACUCCCGAUUCGCUUCCACCAGAAUUCGGUCUUUUUGUUCUUUUAUCAGAUCAUAUUUUCUCCUCUGAAUUCUGAAUUAUUAAUAAAUUAUUUUCACCUUUUCCAUGAGAGUUCCUGGCGUUUCCGCAACUCUAUAUAGCUCUCCUUGUUGGUCCUUUCAUCCACGUAUGUCCUCAAUUUUUCUGGGUUCGCCAAACUUUCUCGAAACCUUCUUCUUCUUCUCCAAUUACAAACCACCCAACAAGAUUCAGACUUUAACCAUGGCCGCCUGUAUUCAUUCUUCAAGAACACAACAAAACCCUGUAAAUCGACCCCCCAGAAAAAGCCCCCAAAUUGACGAUCAAAUCUGUCACAAUUACAUAAAUUAUUGCAGAGCAAGUUACCCGGGCCUCGUUUCUUCCCGACCCAUUUGUGAGGAGGAGGCCAAAAGCGUGUACAUCCCUUCAGAUUUUGGCAGCAUUGAUGAUGCUGGCGAAAAGGAUGAGGAUAAUUUGUGGCUAAGGAUGAAAAAUGAGGCAAGAUUGGAUAUUUUGCACGAGCCGGUUUUGUCAAGUUACUAUUUUGAUUCCAUUAUCAAACAUGAUUCUAUGGCGAAUGCUUUAGCUAAUCAUUUGUCCAUAAAGCUGAGUAAUUCUAGCCUUCCUAGUGGCACGUUGUAUGAUGUCUUUGUAGGGGUGUUGGCUGAGGAUCCCGAGAUUUUGGGGGCUGUUCAGGAUGAUUUGAGGGCUGUUAAAGAAAGGGACCCUGCUUGUAUUAGUUAUGUUCACUGUUUUUUGAGUUUCAAAGGGUUUCUAGCUUGCCAAGCUCAUAGGAUUGCUCAUAGAUUAUGGUCAAAUGGGAGAAAGAUUUUAGCUUUGUUGAUCCAGAAUAGAGUUUCUGAAGUAUUUGCAGUAGAUAUUCAUCCAGGAGCUCAAAUUGGUAGAGGAAUAUUGCUUGAUCAUGCAACUGGUGUUGUCAUAGGAGAAACUGCUGUUAUUGGAAAUAAUGUUUCAAUUUUGCAUAAUGUCACCCUUGGUGGAACAGGGAAAGCUUCAGGGGACAGACAUCCUAAGAUUGGUGAUGGGGUGCUGAUUGGUGCGGGUACUUGUAUCUUGGGGAAUGUUAGAAUUGGAGAUGGGGCAAAAAUUGGAGCUGGUUCAGUCGUGCUUAAAGAAGUGCCUGAUAGAACAACUGCAGUUGGUAAUCCUGCAAGGCUGAUUGGUGGAAAAGAGAAUCCCAUCAAGCUUGAUAAGAUCCCAAGUUUGACUAUGGAUCAUACUUCACACAUUAGUGAGUGGUCUGAUUAUGUCAUAUAGAUUUGAAUUUUGGCAUACAGCUGAAGUUUGGUUUGUUUAAAAGAUGGAGGAUUGACUAGGGAAGGAACCAUCUUUCUGGACAAUUUCCAACCAUCCACUUUGAUGUAAGAUUAUCAUAGUUUUUCCCCCCGUUUUUUUUUUUUUGGGUCUUAGUUUAAUAGUUUCAGUAGUACUAGGGUGCUGUUUUCUAUAUUACUGUCAUUUUGUGAGAGAACCUAAGUUCUCCUGGUGUAUUAUGGCAACCCAGGUUCCCAAAUUUGACAGAAUGCACUUCUAAUUUGUAUCAGAUAUAUGUGAUUGUCUCAAUGAUGGAACACUUCUCUACUUAUACACAUAGCAUUUGAUGGCUUUUUUGGGGACAUCCUCCGAGGCCCUCUUUUCUCAAUUUUUUUUUUCCAUUUGUGUGAAUAAUCUUAUCAAUCAAGCUCUGAAUCUGAUGGAUUAAAACUGUAAAACGAUGUUUGCUAACUCUUUGGAAAACAUAAGUAUGUAUGUUGCAGAAGAAUGUUUUUUUCUUCUGCUGAAACUUUCACCCCCCGUAUGCUUGGAAAUAUGGUCUUGAGGUUGUGAAGUUGAGAAUGAUUACACAAAGUUGUAUUGGAAGAAUUUCUUAUGCAAGAACAAAGCGCACAUGGCAGCAAGGUAGACUUUGCUAACCGGUUAAAUUGCAGUUUCGGCUUUAAUGAACUCAAGGUUAGUCAACAAGUCGCAGGUAUAUGUUCCUUCAAGCAAGAAAGAAUUAGCAUGCAGUGGUUGAUUUGAUAUGAUGACAGAUAAUGUUGUUUCGGACUUUCCCGCCUUUGAAUCGUGUUUGAGCAAAAUAGACAGAACACUUUAAACACUGUGCUUAAUCAUGUAGUAGUCAACCCACAGUUACAAUUACCACCCAUGGUUUCAAGGCUGAAUCAUGGGGCUGUCUUGAAAUCUUCAACUAAAACAUUAUCCUAGUUGUUGACAUUUUGUGCCCUUUUGAAGCUUUGGCUUUUUUUUCCAUGGCUUUCUUCAUUUGGAUGUCUGUCCUUGUUAACCUACUUCUGUCAACUGAGUUUUGAGUGCAGCCCUGUUUUGAACCAUAUGCACAGGUUCAUCGACCUGAUCGCCGUGUUGAUUUGCUCAUUUUUCUCCAGUUUUGGUCUCAAAGUAGAGAUGCCCGAGGAUUUAUUAACACUGGGGAUUCUUGAACUAGGGCUUGUGUCGCAUGUACUCCACAUUUCAUUCACUAGAUCAUUAAACCUAUAGAAGUAAUAGGUACAUAUCUGACCAAAAAUCAUCUUGAUCAACAUAUAGUAAUAUGGAAUUUAUAUCAAUCAAUUGGACCUUUUAUUUUGUCUUCUAGCUCGCCUUAAAAAUGUCGAAGGUUUACUUGACAAUUGAAAUGGAUCAGUUAGUACAUCAAAUACCAUUAUCAGAACCAACUGUCAAAUUCGCAUGCUCAUAAAUCCCGAAGAAACCAAGACUAUCAACCUUCAUUUUAUUCUGUCUCUCAAGACUCAUCAAAUGCAUGUGUUUUCGGAAUAUUGCCUCAUCAAUGGAACAUUAUUUUGGUCUCAAAAGGCAAGAAAAAUCUAGUAAUCUACACUCAACAAAAGGCGGAAAGUUUAAAGAAAAUACCCAUAACUUGUUGUUUAGUCUGUACAUACAUAAAACUGAAUAUACUCCAGUUUAUUGUAUAUUGAUUCAUCACUUCUACGGUUGACCAUAUGUAUGCUCAUUAUUUUGCUUGUAAAAUUAGGAACAUACUGAAUUUUGAUUCUUUCACAGCAGGAAAUAACAGUGUGGAAGAUGCAUAAAUUGAUCCAUAUUUCUUGGUCAUAUCCACCAGAGCCCGGUGGGUUAAACUAGAACAACAGGCCCAGUCUUGGAGGGAUACACCCACUUUCUUUUAGGCAGAGCAUUUCAUUCUCUCUUUUCAUUUUUUUAUUUUUUAUUUUUUUAAUUUGACAAAUUUCAUUCCAAUUUGGGUUCAGUCCCUGAGACUGAGAGACAAACACCCUUCAAAUUUGAUCAGCCUAGGGAAGAAAAGCCCAGUACAAGAAACUUUCAUGACCACUUCCACAGAAAUAAUGAAAUUGUAGAUGUGAAACCUUCCCUUAAGUUCCUUCGUACAAUUAGUAGGAUCAAAACUAAAUUAGAAAGUAUUUUCUAUAAUUAGACAAUAUUCUCGAUGAUAGUCGAAAGAAAUUCAAAAUUGAAAAAAAUAAUUAGUAAAGUUUUAAAUCGCGCAAAAUCUUUAGUUGGAGUUAGAAAAGUCAACAAUCAAAAUAUAGAAAAAUGGAAUUUCUCUGGACGAACUUUGUGGUGCGUCGCGAGUUUCACAAAGAUAAUGAUAACUUGACGCAAUACUUAUUAUGCUCCACGUGUUAUUUUCAACUAUUGAUCGUUGAGUCAGUUUUUUUUUUAAUUUUAUUUUUAAAAAAAAAGUGUGGAAGAAUUUUAAUUAAUUUACACAAAAUGCAUGGCUUAUUUAGUUUGGAACUUUUCUGAUUGAGAAUGUAUUUAAUUCAAAACUUUACAGUUUGUCAUUUUGAAUCAUAAAAACUAUAGCCUGAUUUUAAAUUAGUAAAAUUUCACUUAGUCAACUAUUUCGUCGGUUAUCAAAAGCGAUGCUAAAGUCGACGCUUAAUAUUUUCAUCACAUUUUAAACGAUUUCUAUGCAUAAUAUAUGAGUAGUCCAUAUAAAAUCAUAGUCGAGAAUAUAUUUCAAUAAGUUUUUUAGAUAGUUGCGACUUUUUGAUUGGGUUAAACAAAUGAC